CGACGGCCAGCCCGGGUUGCUUUUUUCUUAUACCACUGGCUCCCCAGCUUUUUCUUUUCCCCCUCUGUUUCUCUCCCUUCUCUCCCUCCUCCUUCUUGAAAGUUGGCCCGUUGACUUGAUUGUUGCUGUGUCCUUUGAUUCAAGUUAUUGUGUUUUCUCUCACUUAAAUCGUAGCUGGACGAAUUCUGCACGAGACGCGCUUUUCUCUCUCCUCGCCUCCCCCAUCUCCACUCUCAUCUUUUUCCGGCAAGAUGGCCAGCCACGGUCGAGAUGUCGAGGCUUUCGACACCCACCACCAGUACCACGAUGAUGACGAGAAGAUCGAGAAGGUCGCUCCCCAUGAGUCGCCCCCGGCCGACGACCCGUUUGGCAACGAAGAGACGGCCGAAGUCAAGUUUCGAGUGAUGAAGUGGUGGAAUUGCGGCAUGCUCAUGAUUGCCGAGAACAUCUCGCUGGGCAUCUUGUCCCUGCCCUCCGCCGUGGCCACGCUGGGGAUUGUUCCCUCGAUUCUCAUCAUCCUCGGUAUGUCCGGGAUCUCCUGGUACACCGGCUAUGUCAUGGGACAGUUCAAGCUGCGCUAUCCCCAGGUCCACAGCAUGGGGGACGCCGGCGAGCUGCUCCUGGGUCGUGUCGGCCGCGAGAUCAUGUUUGUCGGCCAGCUAUUGUUCUGUAUCUUCCUGAUGUCCAGCCACGUGCUCACCUUCACGGUUCUGUUCAACACGAUCACUGGCCACGGCACCUGCACCAUUGUCUUCGGGGUGGUCGGUCUGGUAGCUAGUUGCAUCUUUGCCCUCCCGCGCACGAUGGGCAAGGUCUACUACAUGUCCAUCGUUUCCUGCCUGAGUAUCAUCGUCGCCACUGUCACCACGAUGAUUGCCCUCAGCGUGGAAGCCCCGGCCCACGUUGAGAACGAUGUCACCACCUCUCCCACCUUUGUGAAUGCUUUCCUGGCCGUCACCAACAUCAUCUUCGCUUUCAUCGCCCACGUGGCUUUCUUCGGCAUCAUGUCCGAGAUGGAGGAUGUGCGCGACUUCCCCAAGUCCCUGGCGAUGUUGCAGGUGCUCGAUACCACCAUGUACAUCGUCACCGCCAUGGUGAUCUACCGGUAUGCCGGGCCGGACGUCAAGUCUCCGGCCUUGUCGUCCGCCGGUCCGCUCAUGAGCAAGGUCGCCUACGGACUCGCCAUUCCGACUGUCAUCAUCGCUGGAGUCAUUUUCGGGCAUGUCGCCUGCAAGUACAUCUUCGUACGCGUCUGGCGAGGAUCCCCCAGGAUGCACACGAACGACCCGGUGGUGGUGGGCUCGUGGGUCGGCCUCGCGUUGGCAGUCUGGGUGAUUGCCUGGAUUAUUGCCGAGUCGAUUCCUGUGUUCAAUGACUUGUUGAGUUUGAUUUGUUCCCUCUUCGGCAGUUGGUUCAGUUACGGUAUCCCCGCCCUCAUGUGGAUGGUCAUGAACAAAGGCCAAUACACCGCCUCGGCCUCGAAGAUCUUCCUGACGAUUGUCAAUUUAAUUAUCCUCGGUAUUGCGUGCGCGAUUUGCGGCCUCGGACUCUAUGUCUCUGGCAAAUCGAUCCACGACAGCACCUCCUCGGCCAGCUGGACUUGCGCCAAUAAUGCUCAGUCGUGACCUUCCGGAAGUUUCGGCGGGGAAAGCAAGCGGGCGGGGAAGAUCCGCUGGCGAUGAACUGUUCUUUGCUUUUCUUUUCUAUCUAUACAUACGUGCAUGAUGCGUCUCUAUACAUAUACAUAGCUGACCCGGAUUUAGCUGUGCUGUCUGGGGUUUUUUUGGAUGGUGUUGGUGUUGGUUUGUGUUUCUAGCAG